GUCUAGUUAGACCGUGGUUCCUAUAUUAUUACGCAUGUUACCGAGACAGUACGUGAUAUCUUUCUGCUGAAGUUCGCUGGAUGGCGUCUGCUAUAGAUAUACAAAUAGUUCAGGGGGCGUGCUAGAUUUCUGUAGUAGCAAAAGGUUAUGAAGAGACGAAACUUCUUGUGGAUUAUUUACGAUCUGACGGAUGUAAAAAAAAAAUUUUGAGUGUGUUUUAAAAAUACUGCUCUUGUGAUGCCUUCUGCCAGGGACCCAGAAACACUGUUCGUACUCAGUCAAAAAGUAAUUGUUGAUUUCUUGACAUUACCUUGGCGAAGUAGAAACCAGUUCACAUUCGAAAUUUCGAACCGAAUAAAUUCUAUUUUAUCAUGUAUACCGGCAUCUUUAAUCGAUUCCGUCGUAUCUGGUGUGAUAGAAGAAUUCUCGCGACUUAAAACUGUAACAGAAGGAGGCGCUGCCGAACUUUUACUGAAAGCUGUAGCCGUACCACAGUUGCAAGUGUUGGACUGCCGCACGCUUGUCAAGCUUGGAUACGUUUCAGAUGAAGUACGACAUGGUUUUCAGUAUACUAUAGCAGGUUUGAUUCCGUCAUUGCGCAAUUUAGUGCAGUUGUCUUUUUCAACUCAUAAGAAUGAAUUCACACUUCCAGUUUGUGAUGAUGAAGUGCUAUGGAACAUAGGCUGUAAUUGUCCUCAUUUGAAGUCUUUAAACUUUAGGUGUUGUAAUCACGUUACAGAUGAGGGAUUAAAGUGUUUAAUACCUGGGUUCUCUGAUAGUGUAGGCUGUAAACAUCUCGAAGAGUUAUACGUGUUUGAAAGCUCUGUUACUGAAAAAGGUGUUACACUCGCACUGGAACAUCUAAAAAAGUUACGAAUAGUCGAUUUCAGAGAACUGUGCACUUCGCUGAUACUUCUGUACAAUAAGUGUAUGACGAAUGGUUCACGCUUGUUGGAGGAUGGACUAAAAAUAACCCAUAUAAAUAAUUUGGGUGUCUGCCGACCAGCACAAAAACUACAGUUCGACCAGAAGAUUGUUAGAAUUUGUCAGAUUUUAUGCCCCAACUUGAGAAAUCUCAAAGUCAGGGUAACUGAUUUUGAUGUUGCUCAUUUAAAAAAACUUCCGUCGUUGACAGCUGUAGAAUUCGUGUAUAAUAUUGGUAGGCCGCUGUCUCCUGGUGAAGGGACAGUAAACUUCCUGACGCAGUAUGGCCAUCAGUUGAGUGCUCUAACAAUAAUAUGCAAUUUAUUUGCAGUAGAACUGUUUGUCACUAUAGGUGACAAUUGCCCAAAUUUAAAAGAGUUAUGGAUUAAAUGUAAUGAACUAUUAUGCAACCCUGAGUGGGUUGCUCCUGUUUCACAAAGAAUAGUAUACACCCAUCUAGAGUCUUUGUAUGUGAGAAUUGGGGAAACUGAGGAUUCAGAGUGCUUUUUACCAGCAGAGGUGUUGGUAUAUAUUUUGAGAUGUAGUUGGGGCUUGAAAUCUCUGCAACUGAUUUUUAGAAGUGUGUCAGUGGCAGAUACUUGGUUUGAUUCCAUACUGAUGGAGAUAAACACUGGAUCAUUGGAAAAAAUAUUUAUAGCGAUUCCUGGCAGUAACUGCAAUUAUUCUGCUGUUAUGUUGUCGAUGGAAACUGUUGAGAGUAUUAUGAUACACUGUCCAAAACUGAAAGUGUUGGGAAAUUUGUUAGUAUGGAAUGUUACUCGCACACAGGUUAAGGAAUUGAGAGACUGGAUUACUGCUAGAAAUUUAGAUGUGAUAAUUGUAUACAGAUUCAUGAAAAUUAAGUAAUUUCAUUGCCUGUAGCCUUCUAAUUGAACAUUUUUUAAAAUGUAGGUUAUUGAUGUGGACAAAUGAAAGUUAAGCAGUAACUGAAGAUUGGCAUUUGAGAAUUUCAUUAUUGUUUUUAUGAAAGUGGAUGUGGAGUGGAGUGAAUCAUUAAAAAAAUACUAAGCAUUGUUUUAUGAAGGACUAAUUAAUUGCCGUUUGCACAGUGGCAACUGACUCAUUCCAGUGCCUUACCCUGCUUUGUUUUUAAGAUUUUUUAGGGUGUAAGAAACUGAGGUUUUAUACUGUUUUAGACCUGUUGCAAAUAGAAUUUCACAAAUAUGCAAAUGUGUAUUGAAAUUUUUGCAUUUAUUGUCGAUUUUUUAAAAUCAUGUACUUUGGUAAAUGGUUAGACACAACUGGUUGCAUUUGACAGAGCAUAUUGUGUAACAAAUGCUUAUAAGUACUUAUCUAUAUUUUCAUGUUUGUUGUGUAAUUUGCAUUUCCUUUUGUGCUGAUAGUCAUCUAACAAUUUUAAUGGCACUAACAAUGAAAUCAUUAAAGCAUUAGUUUAUUGCUCGUCUCGCAGAGAUAAGAUCUUCUAUGAAUCACCAUUUCUUGAAUUCUGCAGGUAGUGCAUAGAUUUCAAUUACCAUUUUUUAUUUAACUGCUUUCAUUUUUUGUUCACAGGUAAUUUUGUUAAACUUUUGUGCAGUCUGUGUUCCUGUAACACACUGUUUUUCAUGAUAAUAAUA